AUGACAACAUGCCAACACACCAAUAUUCUGCAAACGCGCCAGCACGCCAACACCCCAGCACGCCAACAUGCCAACACACCGAAAAGCAAACAUGCCAACACACAAGCACACCAAAACACACCAGAACGCCAACAUGCCAGCACACAAGCACACCAGAACGCCAACAUGCCAGUACACCGGAAGGCAAACAUGCCAACACACAAGCACACCAGAACGCCAACAUGCCAGCACACCGGAAGGCAAACAUGCCAACACACAAGCACACCAACACACCAGAACGCAAACACGCCAACACGCCAACACGCCAACAUGCCAACACUCCAACAUGCAACGCGAGAGAACGUAAUGCUACCAUCAUGCCAACACACAAGCACACCAACAUACCAGAACACCAACAUGCCAACAUACCAGAACGCCAACAUGCCAACACACAAGCACACCAACACACCAGAACGCCAACAUGCCAACACACAAGCACACCAACACACAAGAACGCCAACAUGCCAACACGCCAGCAUGCAACACGAGAGAACGCAAGUCGACCAUCACGCCAAUACACAAACACGUCAAAUGCCACAACAGCAACACGCCAAUAUGCGAGCAUGCCAAUACACCUACUCGCCAACAUGCACACCAGCACGCCAAUAUGCCAGCAUACUAACACGCCAGCACAGCAAAUAUGCCAAAAUGCCAACGCACGCCAACCUAAAAUCUGGCCAAAAUGCCUACACACCAACAUACCAGCACAACAACAUGCCAUCUCACCAACACACCAACACACCAGAACAACAACAUGCCAUCUCACCAACAUACCAGAACAACAACAUGUCAACACCCAAUACACCAGCACAACAACAUGUCAAUACACCAACACAACAGCACAACAACAUGUCAACACACCAGCACAACAACAUGCCAAUACACCAACACACCAACACACCAGCACAACAACAUGCCAAUACACCAACACACCAGCACAACAACAUGCCAAUACACCAAUACACCAACACACCAGCACAACAACAUGCCAUCCCACCAACACACCAACACACCAGCACAACAACAUGCCAAUACACCAAUACACCAACACACCAGCACAACAACAUGCCAUCCCACCAACACACCAACACACCAGCACAGCAACAUGCCAAUACACCAACUCACCAGCACAACAACAUACCAACACACCAACACACCAGCACAACAACUUGUCAAUACAUCAACACACCAGCACAACAACAUGUCAACACACCAACACACCAGCAAAACAACAUGCCAUCUCACCAACACACCAACACAACAACAUGUCAACACACCAACACACCAGCACAACAACAUGUCAACACACCAGCACAACAACAUGCCAUCUCAUCAACACACCAACACACCAGCACAACAACAUGCCAAUACACCAAACACACCAGCACAACAACAUGCCAUACACCAAACACACCAGCACAACAACAUGUCAAUACACCAACACACCAGCACAAUAACAUGCCAUCACACCAACACACCAGCACAACAACAUGCCAUCACACCAACACACCAACACAACAACUUUCCAACACACCAACACACCAGCAGAACAACAUGCCAUCUCACCAACACACCAGCACAACAACAUGCCAUCACACCAUCACACAGGCACAACAACAUGCCAUCACACCAAUACACCAACACACUAGCACAACAACAUGCCAUCUCAUCAACACAUCAACACACCAGCAAAACAACAUGUCAACACAUCAACACACCAGCACAACAACAUGCCAAUACACCAAACACACCAGCACAACAACAUGUCAAUACACCAACACACCAGCAUUAAAACAUGCCAUCACACCAACACACCAGCACAACAACAUGCCAUCACACCAACACACCAACACACCAACACACCAACACAACAACUUUCCAACACACCAACACACCAGCACAACAACAUGCCGAAACACCAACACAUCAGCACAACAACAUGCCAUCACACCAUCACAUCAACACAACAACUUUCCAAUACACCAACACACCGGCAAAACAGCAUGCCAAACACACCAGCACAAAAACAUGCCAUCUCACCAACACACCAGCACAACAACAUGCCAUUACACCAACACAACAACACAACAACUUUACAACACACCAACACACCUGCACAACAACAUGCCAUCUCACAAACACACCAACACACCAGCACAACAACAUGCCAUCUCACAAACACACCAACACAACAACAUGCCAUCUCACCAACACACCGGCACAACAACAUGCCAUCUCACCAACACACCUGCACAACAACAUGCCAUCUCACCAACACACCAGCACAACAACACAACAACUUGCCAACACACCAACACACCAGAACAACAACAUGCCAACACACCAACACACCUGCACAACAACAUGCCAUAA